AUGGCUGGAACUUUCCCUCACUUGACUUCUCUCGAGCUGAUCAUCUUCUCUGAGCUGGAGAUCGCCCAGCAUGCUCUGCUCCACUUCACCGGUGGGCGGCGCUACAGCUCUGAUAUGAUGAACUAACAUUACUGAUAUGAUUAAGUACAAAUCCUUCACAGCCUUUUGUACAGCACCACUAACUCACUCAGCAACAGCCUGCCUCACUGCCUGACAGUCAGCAGCAGGUCACAGUGAAAUAUAUAUUUUUAAAGAGAAAUGCCAUAGCGGCUGCAGUGCAACUUAAAAAUAGCCCAAAAACCCACAACCCGCGACCAAUACAUUUUCACCCGCGACAUCGUUUUCGUAGUAGCCCAAUUUGGUUCAGGAAAACCGCGAACAUGGCAACACUGUUGCGAUCUGGCAGUCAAUUGUACUAGCUGGUUGGACGCGGCACUGCUGCAGGCAGACUGCUUCUCCUAUCGCGGCGGUGAAAGCCGAACGGCCAAUGGCGUGUGGCGUGGGUCUUGCUGGUUGGGAGCUUCCGCGAAACAAUGCUGAAUAUCUCGCUUCGCUGCGGGACGUCCCAAGGAUUCCGUUGAGACUUUUCCAUUGCAGAAUAUUGGGAGGUUGCCAUCUGCACGCAAUAAUGUGCAACUGCAGCCCGCAAUUCGGGGCGUUCCUGCAUGUGGCGUUCCUGCCUCCCCCCCUCCCAUUGGUUCCUCACUCCCCUCCCAUCUCUUUAUACUGUCAGAAUAACCUCGUCCAGUCAGAAUUAAGGGGGUCUCUCGAGGAUGUAUGUUGUCGUCCCUUGUCUUCUAGGAACGAACUCUCUGCCACCUCCAAGGUCUGUCAGGGGUGGAUUUUCUUACUCACUUCUAAUCAAUUCAAACCUUGCACAAGUCCGGAUAGCGUUUAUUAGAAGCUAUGAGCACCCCACUGAGUGACCAUGAAAAGAGAAAACAGAUCAGCGUGCGUGGCAUUGCAGGACUGGGCGAUGUAGCAGAAAUCAAGAAAAGCUUCAACAGGCAUCUUCACUUCACUCUUGUCAAAGAUCGCAAUGUAGCCACCCCUCGGGAUUACUACUUUGCCCUGGCUCACACAGUCAGGGACCACCUCGUUGGGAGAUGGAUCCGCACUCAACAAUAUUAUUAUGAAAAAGAUCCAAAGGUAAAGGGGGAAAACAUCUCCUUGAAAUUAUACAGGAAUUGGUACGGGGUUUCAUUUUUAAUUUGUUGCACAUGCAAUAAAUGUAUAUAAUUGCAUGGUCCCAAUUUGAAAUUGCAGUGAUUAUUUGUAGGCAAGUUUCUAUUUUAUUAUCCCCAGAUAGCCUGUCUGUGGAAAAGGGGUCCGUGUAUCACGGACUAAGAGGCUACACAAUUUACUGCAAUGACAGUUGUUUCCAUAGACUGUAUGACAAAUGUUUCCGCUUCCUAUUGGUAAUUUAACACACCAGUGACUCGCUACUUUCAGGCAUUAGGCUACCAAUAGCGUACCUACUCCAAUAUGCUGUACAGUAUCCUAUAUCUUUAAGACAAGACUACAGAGGAAGUGUUUUUAUCAGGAUCUAAGUUUUCAGCUGGUAAUAGUGAAAGAGCCAUGGGCCAGUCAGCAUUUUGUUUGUAUCUUCAUUUUUUAGUUAAAUUGUUUAUGACUAUUUUUCAAAACUUUGCCAGAGGUUGUCCAUGUUUCUCAUGGCCAUACCCUUUUUACACAUGUCCCAGUAUGAACAUGCCAGGUAUUGCAUAAGGGCAAUUCCAUUAUAAAGGAAAUAUGCUGAGACUCAGAUGUUUCACUUUAAAAUGUAUACCAAACAAAAACCAUUUAUUUCAAAGUUUAACAAACCAUACAACUCUAUGCACAAGGACUACUUUUAACAAUUUCCACAGAAAAUUUAACAAAAACACAUUUACAGGAAGAACUGUGCAGCUACAAUGUUUGGUAUGGGGUGGCAGAUAGCUUAGCGGUUAAGAGUGUUGGGCUAGUAACUGAAAGGUCGCUGGUUCUAAUCCCCGAGCCAACUAGGUAAAACAUCUGUUGAUGUGCCCUUGAGCAAGGACUUAACCCUAAUUGUGCCUGUAAGUCACUCUGGAUAAGUGUCUGCUAGCAGGCUAAAGGUAACAGAAUAAAACUGAGGGAGAUUUUACCCUAAUUCUGUUACCAAACCUUUCCAGUAAAUGUUUUUAUUUAUUUACUGUGUCAACUGUUCAUUGUGCAUAGAGUUUUUUGGUUUGUUAAACUUUUAAAUCGGUGGUUUUUGUUUGACAUACACUUUAAGGUGAAAAAUCAGUAACAUAACAAGCAUCACAGAGUAGUGGGCCAGAAAAUGUAUACACUUCUCUACAUUCACUUCUCAACAGGCUAAACAUUGUCUGAAUCCACAGUCUUCCUUUUUACUUGGAAAGGGAAUUAUCUGAAUUUAGAGUGCACUGCAUUGCUUGCUCAAUCAGUAAAGAGCAGCUGCAGUUGUUACUGGGGACAAAGCAUUGGGCUCCAGCCAAACCUAGAGAUCCCAGCAGCUCAGUCAUACUGUAAUGUCCUCUCUACCAAAGGAUUCUACUGCAUGAAGGAAGCUUCAUUUGAGGAUGAUAGCUCUGUAUGAAUAACAGAAAAACCUGUUGCCGUUUAACCUUGUAUUGUUAAGAGCUAAAUUCCAGCAUAUACAGUUGAAGUCGGAAGUUUACAUACACUUAGGUUGGAGUCAUUAAAACUUGUUUUUCAACCACUCCACACAUUUAUUUUUAACAGACUAUAGUUUUGGCAAGUCGGUUAGGACAUCUACUUUGUGCAUGACACAAGUCAUUUUUCCAACAGUUGUUUACAGACAGAUUAUUUCACUUAUAAUUCACUGUAUCACAAUUCCAGUGGGUCAGAAGUUUACAUACACUAAGUUGACUGUGCCUUUAAAAAGCUUGGAAAAUUCCAGAAAAUGAUGUCAUGGCUUUAGACACUUCUGAUAGGCUAAUUGACAUAAUUUGAGUCAAUUGGAGGUGUACCUGUGGAUGUAUUUCAAGGCCUACCUUCAAACUCAGUGCCUCUUUGCUUGACAUCAUGGGAAAAUCAAAAGAAAUCAGGAAAAAUAUUGUAGACCUCCACAAGUCUGGUUCAUCGUUGGGAGCAAUUUCCAAACGCCUGAAGGUACCACAUUCAUCUGUACAAACAAUAGUACGCAAGUAUAAACACCAUGGGACCACGCAGCCAUCAUACCGCUCAGGAAGGAGACACGUUCUGUCUCCUAGAGAUGAACGUACUUUGGUGCGAAAAAGUGCAAAUCAAUCCCAGAACAACAACAAAUGACCUUGUGAAGAUGCUGGAGGAAACAGGUACAAAAGUAUCUAUAUCCACAGUAAAACGAGUCCUAUUUCGACAUAACCUGAAAGGCCGCUCAGCAAGGAAGAAGCCACUGCUCCAAAACCGCCAUAAAAAAGCCAGACUACGGUUUGCAACUGCACAUGGGGACAAAGAUCGUACUUUUUGGAGAAAUGUCCUCUGGUCUGAUGAAACAAAAAUAUAAUUGUUUGGCCAUAAUGACUAUCGUUAUGUUUGGAGGAAAAAGGGGGUUGCUUGCAAGCAGAAGAACACCAUCCCAACCGUGAAGCACGGGGGUGGCAGCAUCAUGCUGUGGGGGUGCUUUGCUGCAGGAGGGACUGGUGCACUUCACAAAAUAGAUGGCAUCAUGAGGAAGGAAAAUUAUGUGGAUAUAUUGAAGCAACAUCUCAAGACAUCAGUCAGGAAGUUAAAGCUUGGUCGCAAAUGAGUCUUCCAAAUGGACAAUGACCCCAAGCAUACUUCCAAAGUUGUGGCAAAAUGGCUUAAGGACAGCAAAGUCAAGGUAUUGGAGUGGACAUCACAAAGCCCUGACCUCAAUCCUAUAGAACAUUUGUGGGCAGAACUGAAAAGGUGUGUGCGAGCAAUGAGGCCUACAAACCUGACUCAGUUACACCAGCUCUGUCAGGAGGAAUGGGCCAAAAUUCACCCAACCUAUUGUGGGAAGCUUGUGGAAGGCUACCCAAAACGUUUGACCCAAGUUAAACAAUUUAAAGGCAAUGCUACCAAAUACUAAUUGAGUGUAUGUACAUUUCUGACCCACUGGGAAUGUGAUGAAAGAAAUAAAAGAUGAAAUAAAUCAUUCUCUCUGCUAUUAUUCUGACAUUUCACAUUCUUAAAAUAAAGUGGUGAUCCUAACUGACCUAAGACAGGGAAUAUAUACUAGGAUUAAAUGUCAGGAAUUGUGAAAAACUGAGUUUAAAUGUAUUUGGCUAAGGUGUAUGUAAACUUCCGACUUCAACUGUAUACUCAUUCCAUCCAUUGUGUGAAACUAAACAGUCCUUAAUCAGAGUUAUGCUGCGUUCAAAACAAAUGGGAACUCAGAAAUCUCAUACUUCCGACCUCAGUGCUUUCAAGACAAUUGGGAACUCAGGGAGGAAAAAUAGUUUUGAACAGUGAUCCUACUCGGAAUUCCAAGUCGGAAACUCUAUCUUUGUAGAGCUCCAACUUUCUGACCUGAAGAUCACUGACGUCAUGAUUUGACCAAGUUUUUUUUCUCCAGAGUUCCCAGUUGUCUUGAAAGCACCAUUAACACAUUUUUUUCCUCCAUCUUCCUCCUGAUCUGGCAACAUCAAGCUGGCACUUGCAUUGGCACAACUUUGCAUUGGUUCUGAUUCUGAACAGUGCUAAUGAGCUGCUGGUAUUACUUCCUCUCUGGGAAUUCCAUGGGUGGUGGUGGAGGACUGAGGGGGAAUAGUCGGAGCGGUAAAUAUUGUGAGCUGCAUUAGGCUACAAGUGACAGAGUGCUGAGCAGAGGUUCUGCAGUUCUGUGUGCUGGUGAUUUAUAAUGUCAUGCUCACCCAACUUUGGCCAAGUCUUUAGCACAGAUUCUUCAGCUUCCGAUGAUCUCAAGUUGAGUAGCACCACUGAAUGAUAGGUCACAAAUCAGUAUUGCCACGUUUUGCCACAGUGUUUCAGAGUCAUUGCGCCUACAGUAUAUUUGUGCUAAUCUGUAUCUUUGGCUGUCUACAUGCAUACAGUAUGUCUGAAAUGCUAAAAACCCAUCCAUGUCAUCUUCAGAGGAUCCACUAUCUAUCAUUGGAGUUUUACAUGGGCCGGACCCUUCAGAACACCAUGAUCAACCUGGGCCUGCAGAAUGCCUGUGAUGAAGCCAUCUACCAGGUAAAACCAUACAUCUGCACUACCUGUGUCUUAAAAAAAUAUAUAUAUAUAUAUUUUAUUUAACCAGGUAAGCCAGUUGAGAACAAGUUCUCAUUUACAACUGCGACCUGGCCAAGAUAAAGCAAAGCAGUGCGAUAAAAACAACAACACAGAGUUACAUAUGGGGUAAACAAAACAUAAAGUCAAAAAUACAACAGAAAAUAUAUAUACAGUGUGUGCGAAUGUAGUAAAUUAUGGUGGUAAGGCAAUAAAUAGGCCAUAGUGCAAAAUAGUUACAAUUUAGUAUUAACACUGGAAUGAUAGAUGUGCAAAAGAUGAUGUGCAAAUAGAGAUACUGGGGUGCAAAUUAGCAAAAUAAAUAACAAUAUGGGGAUGAGGUAGUUGGAUGGGCUAAUUUCAGAAUGGCUGUGUGCAGGUGCAGUGUACUUUUUCACCUGUACUUCCAGCCAUACAAUCAGGAUGAAAAUUGGGGCUCAAACUCCCCACGUAUCCAGAAUCAGACCUGACUUUAUGUCUGCUUGGUUUUUGUGGUGGGCUUAUGUCUCUCCCAGGUACAAUGCUUUCAUCACCAAUACCUCCUGUACUGAAGCUCACUGUGUUCUGGCAGGGAGUGGUGCCAUAUUACCAUUCAUCCAAUACAUGUUUUAUAAGGCCUCCCUUUGUGUUAGCUUACAAUGGGGAUUUAAUGCCAGUAGCUGUAAACCUAUUUCCUUUGAUGAAGGUACCCGUCCUAGCGAUGUGUUAGAGACUCUUUAUCAGUACAGGGCGACUGUUUAUAGGAGGCUAACAUGCCUCUCAUGGUCUCUCAUUGUUAUCUUUCCACUAAUAUCCUUAGACAAACAACCCCUCAGUUCUGGACCUGCAGUAUGAUCUGUAGCCUAAAGCAACAUGUAUAUAAUGCAUCUAUGAAGCUUUGAACAAACCUGUUUCAAAAUUGGACAGCACACUCUUUGUUUGCAGUAAGUGAAGAUAGAAUCACAGCCUACAAGAGUGAUGUCUGUUGGCCAUGUUGCGUAGACGAGUAGGCCUAGAUUGAGAGAGUCAACAGCAGCCAGUUCUCACUCAGCAACCAUGACUAAGGGAAAUGUAUAUUUAUUUUGUUUCCCCAUUGUUCUUCAUGAGAACACAAUCUACCAGGAACUUUAUGUAGCAAGUGUAUGAUUAGAAAGAUAAAACACACACGCACCCUCUCACGCUCCAACUAACUCACAAGUUGGCUUGGCUACAUACUACUUCAAUCAAAUCCACAUUUAUUUGUCACAUGCGCCGAAUACAACAUGUGUAGACCUUACCAUGAAAUGCUUACUUACAAGCCCUUAACCAACAACGCAGUUCAAGAAAUAGAGUUCAGAAAAUAUUUACUAAAUAAACUAAAGUGAAAAAAUAAAAAGUAACACAAUAAAAUUACAUAACAAUAACGAGGCUAUAUACAGGGGGUACCGGUACCGAGUCAAUGUGCGGGGAUACAGGUUAGUUGCGAUAGUUUGUACAUGUAGGUUGGGGUAAAGUGACUAUGCAUAGAUAAUAAACAGAGAGUAGCGGGGGGGAGUCAAUGUAAAUAGUCCGGGUGGCCAUUUGAUUAAUUGUUCAGCAGUCUUAUAGCUUGGGGGUAGAAGCUGUUAAGGAGCCUUUUGGACCUAGACUUGGUGCUCCGGUACCACUUGCCGUGCGGUAGCAGAGAGAACAGUCUAUGACUUGGGUGACUGGAGUGACAUCGCCUAGUAUAUAGGUCCUGGAUGGCAGGAAGCUUGGCCCCAGUGAUGUAUUGGGCUGCACGCACUACCCUCUGUAGUGCCUUAUGGUCAGAUGCCGAGCAGUUGCCAUACCAGGUGGUGAUGCAACCAGUCAGGAUGCUCUCGAUGGUGCAGCUGUAUAACAUUUUGAGGAUCUGGGGACCCAUGCCAAAUCUUUUCAGUCUCCUGAAGGGGAAAAGGUGUUGUCGUGCCCUCUUCACAACUGUCUUGGUGUGUUUGACCAUGAUAGUUUGUUGGUGAUAUGGACACCAAGGAACUUGAAACUCUCGACCCGCUCCACUACAGCCCCGUCGAUGUGAAUGGGGGUGUGUUCGGCCCUCCUUUUCCUGUAGUCCACGAUCAGCUCCUUUGUCUUGCUCACGUUGAGGGAGAGGUUGUUGUCCUGGCACCACACUGCCAGGUCUUUGACCUCGUCCCUAUAGGCUGUCUCAUCGUUGUCGGUGAUCAGGCCUACCACUGUUGUGUCGUCAGCAAACAUAAUGAUGGUGUUGGAGUCGUGCUUGGCCACGCAGUCGUGGGUGAAAAGGGAGUACAUGAAUUUGCUUAAUCAAAUUCAAACCUUAAAAAUAGUAGGCCUAUAUGAAGGAGGAUUCGCUUUGCUUUUAGCUUCUACAACACACACAAGGGUUACUCAAGUUCAUGUCAAACUCUCUAUUGGCACCUGAUGCUUUACUGUAUAGGUGAUGUUUCUAACAAUUUCUCUCUGUUGACCAGCUGGGCUUGGACAUAGAGGAGCUGGAGGAGAUAGAGGAGGAUGCUGGGUUGGGGAACGGGGGACUGGGCCGCCUUGCAGGUAAGGCAUCAAACACUCUUUGCCUUGUGACAUUCUAACAUUAUCUGUGUAAGCUCAAACAUCUCACCCAGUGCAGACAAAUGAGCAUACCAUAAGAAAUGGACGUUUCCCAUAUUCCUCCAUUUCAGCUUGUUUCUUGGACUCCAUGGCCUCUUUAGGCCUGGCAGCCUAUGGCUAUGGCAUCCGGUAUGAGUUUGGCAUCUUUAACCAGAAGAUCACGAAUGGCUGGCAGGUAAUGCAGCAUGACAUUAUUUUCUGGUCACAUUUAGAGGUUGUUAUAAUGCAUCCAUACUUUGAUUUGAAUACCGCUAUUUGUCCUUCUCAGGUGGAGGAGGCUGAUGAUUGGCUGCGGUAUGGGAACCCGUGGGAGAAGGCUCGUCCAGAGUACAUGCUCCCUGUGCACUUCUAUGGCCGAGUGGAACACACAGGGAAGGGAGUAAAGUGGAUGGACACCCAGGUGAGUACGCAUGCACACACACACACACACACAAACACACACUCACACUCACACACGCACGCACGCGCACGCACGCACGCACACACGCACACACACACACACACACACACACACACACACACACACACACACACACACACACACACACAAACCCUUGAGUCAAUGUUGUUUUCUCUUCUUUCUGUUUCCCAUCUUCUUUCUCCUAAUACUUUUAGUUUUGUUCCCUAGGUUGUCCUAGCCAUGCCUUAUGAUACUCCUGUGCCUGGAUUCAAGAACAACACAGUUAACACCAUGAGGCUGUGGUCUGCUAAAGCACCCAAUGACUUCAACCUGCAGGAAUGUACGUCUCCAUGGCCAUUUUGAUCAUAGAUCUGUUUACUGUGGGCUAUUGGCUGUUGACUGUAUAGCCUGUUUUACAGUUUUUUCCAACUGCUUACACACGUUUUCAAAACUAUGUCGCCUUUUUUCAAAACUCUACACACAAUUCCCAAAACUGCACACACCAAAUGCAAAAUGCCUCACAUCUCCUUCAAAAUGUAACACUUCAUUCAAAAUGCCAUAAACACAUGUCAGAAUGAAGCAUUUGCAUCAAAUGGCAAACACUACUUUCAUAAUAGUACAUUUUUGGAUAUACCAUGUAAACACUGUUGUUCUAAAUCUAAAGCUCUUUGGUCUUUCAUAGGCUUAUAUAUACAUUUCAAUACAAUGUUCUACAGUGAAAGUAAUCUGCUGAGAGGGGUAACAAGUACACUGUAAACACCAAUGCAAUGUAGAAACAGAAAAUAUUUAUUAGGCCAAACAUUACUGUUGUAUACAGUAGCAUACAACAAAACCAUAAACAUAUGUAAACCAAAAGUAUAUUCUUUAGAAUACAGUAAAGAACACAAUUGUGUGUGGGGGGUCCCGGGGGUGCAGUCCAGGAAAUGGUAGGGGGGGGGGCAGUCACCAGUGCUAAGCUACGCUUCAUCUCUUCUCCGGGCUGGGUCUGGCCACAAUACUUCGUCCACAUCACAAGAUACGUUUUCUCUUGCCAAACAUCGAGGGAAGUAUCUCCUAGCAUGGCGUAUCCAACCUUGGACAGAGGCAACCUCUAUGUCCCCACAUGCGUCCUCCAUUGCCUGGAGAAGCGGCACGCGGGCAUAGGGUUGGCAAUCAUACACUUUCCAGCGCCAGGCUGAGAAGAAUUCCUCUAUGGGAUUUAGAAAAGGUGAAUAUGGGGGUAGGUACAAAACUACAAAUUGUGGAUGGGUGGCAAACCAGUUUUGGACCAGAACAGCCCGGUGAAAACUAACAUUGUCCCAUAUAACCACAAAUCUAGCAGGCUCCUGAUAUGGAUCAGGGACAAGCAUUGUGUAAAUUGCAUCCAGAAAAGUGAGGAUAUGGCCGGUGUUGUACGGACCCAGUGUGGCAUUGUGAUGGAGGACCCCGUUUUGAGUGAUGGCAGCACACAUAGUUAUAUUACCCCCACGCUGUCCAGGGACAUAGGUAAUUGCCCUCUGUCCUAUUACAUUUAUUCCGCGGCGCCUGGUUUUGGUGAGGUUGAAGCCAACCUCAUCCACAUAAAUAAAUGUACAUGGGCAUCCAUCUCCAAUACUCUCUGUAACAGACAAAAUGUUCUACAGUGAAAGUAAUAGGACUCUUCCUCUUCCUCUACCUCCUACUCCUCCUCUUCCAACAAUUCGUCUUUGAAUUUGUCCUCGUUGUUGUCCCCUGCCUCUCCCUCCUACUCCUCUUGCUCUCUGUCCAUUGUUGGCAUCCAUUGUUCAAAACAGUCCUAUACUACAGUAAAGCAGUGAUUGGUUAGUGAUCAGUUAAGCAAUUAGUGUUUGAACAUGUGAGGAGAGUGUGUUUGACCUGGUGAAUAAGUGUAGCAUUUUGAUUGGUUGUGUUUGGAAAAGGAAAGCAAGUCACUUCCUGUUAGAUUUUUGUGUUUUAGGUAGAGAAUUGUGUGUAGUGUUUAGAAAAAAGUGUUUUAUGCAAUUGACAACUGAGUCAAAGGCUGAGAAAUAGCUUAUGGUUUUGGAGAUUUAGUGUGUAGUUUUGCACUUUGAGUGAGAGGUUUAAAAAAUCGUGUGACAUUAAAAGAUUUUGUGUGUAAGCAGUUGGAAUAAACUGUAACAGUCAGUAGGGAGUGAUAACACUACUCAAGAGUAUUUUGUAAGCUGUAAUUUGUCAGUAGCAAGUUGACUGAAAAGGCAAGAGGAGACAUGACUUCCAGGAUCCGGCCAUGGUAAAAGUUUUAAUACAGCCCUUACGAAAAAAGAUUGCAGUAUAACUAGUAUAUUUUUUAGUCAUUUAGCAAAAGGCACAUUCUCAAGAUUCUGAAUCACAUACACUACCGUUCAAAGGUUUGGGGUCACUUAGAAAGGUCCUUGUUUUCUAAAGAAAAGCACUUUUUUUGUCCAUUAAAAUAACAUCAAAUUGAUCAAAAAUACAGUGUAGACAUUGUUCAUGUUGUAAAUGGCUAUUGUAGCUGGAAACGGCUGAUCAUUUUAAAAGGCUAAUUGAUCAUUAGAAAACACUUUUGCAAUUAUGUUAGCACAGCUGAAAACUGUUGUGCUGAUUAAAGAAGCAAUAAAACUGGCCUUCUUGAGACUAGUUGAGUAUCAGGAGCAUCAGCAAUUGUGGGUUCGAUUACAGGCUCAAAAUGGCUAGAAACAAAUAACUUUCUUCUGAAACUCGUCAGUCUAUUCUUGUUCUGAGAAAUGAAGGCUAUUCCAUGCGAGAAAUUGCCAAGAAACUGAAGAUCUCGUACAACGCUGUGUACUACUCCCUUCACAGAACAGCGCAAACUGGCUCUAACCAGAAUAGAAAGAGGAGUGGGAGGCCCCGGUGCACAACUGAGCAAGAGGAUAAAUACAUUAGAGUGUCUAGUUUGAGAAACAUGCGCCUCACAGGUCCUCAACUGGCAGCUUCAUUAAAUAGUACCCGCAAAACACUCAACGUCAACAGUGAAGAGGCGACUCCGGGAUGCUGACCUUCUAGGCAGAGUUGCAAAGAAAAAGCCAUAUCUCAGACUGCCCAUCUUAAUCUUUUAUUUUUAUUGGCCAGUCUGAGAUAUGGCUUUUUCUUUGCAACUCUGCCUAGAAGGUGGAGGUUAGGGUGCUUUCUAUGCUGACGCUGUCCACAAACUCUCCACUGUUGUGCAGAAAGUCCUUAAUGAAGUUGGCCAUGCUCAGAGUAAAUAAAUUCAACACUGGAUCCCAUUUCAAAUGCUGUGACAUUACGUCACACUAAGAUGGGGUGCCAUACUCCUGGUGAGGUGAGUGUGGUCUUCCAAGCUUUUUUAGAUUUGGUUGAGUUAAUGUUAACCGUGCAAGCAAGUGUAGCCUUGGGCUCAUGUAAGCAAUAAGUGGUUACAGCAAGGGACAAAUAUACAGGUCCUCCUUUCUUUUUUAUUUCUUUUUGAUGACAAGUAUACAGGUUUACUGUUUGUAGAGGGGCCAUUUUACACCUCUCUAGUGACCACUUAGAUGUCCGUUUGAAUUAAGCAUUAGAUUGAACUUUUCUUUCCAACCACUACUCAAUUGCAAUAGGGUUAGUUAAAAAACAUUUUUCAAAGUGCUGUUUACAUCCAGGAUGCUGUUUAUACGGUGUGCCUAUACUGCUCAGCCACAUAAGGACCCACAACAAGCAAGCAACCUAAAGCCUGUGAAGAAGAGAUCAUCCCCUAUCUGGAGUGAUUGCUGAUGUGAUACUGUAUUAUCAAAAUGUUCCCUUUCUCUCUUGUACAGUCAAUGUUGGCGACUACAUUGAAGCUGUGUUGGACCGCAAUCUGGCUGAGAACAUCUCACGAGUCCUCUAUCCCAACGACAAUGUGAGUAUCUAUGUAACCCUUUUUGAGUAGAGAUGUCAUUCUGCAAGUGCUCAAAGUGAAAGUGACAAGCGAUAGUGUGAGAGAGAAAGAUAUUAACAAGGCCACAUGGGGGUGGUGCAUUCUCUACAGCCAUGACCUAAUAAGGUCAUCAGGGAUGUGUUGUGGUGGUGGUGUGCCUCAGUGCAUCGUUCAGCACAAUCUCCUCAGUGCAGCAGACUCAGAUAUGUAACAUGAAGCAGAUCAGCUGUUCAAGUUGGGAUUAGGAAACAGCAAGGUUGCUCAACAUGCACUGAAAAUGGUAUUACUCAAGAUAAUAAUCAUAAUUUAUUAAACUUUUAUGGAGCUUUUCAUUACAGACAGAAUCUCAAACUGCUAGUUAAGCAAAAUAAACAAGUAGGCCUAAUUUAAAAUGAAAUCGAGGCUACAGCGGUAGCUAGAUCAGCUAGUUAAAUUAAAGUCUGAGUGCUUCUUGAAGCCUCCAGCAGAUGGACAGCCGUGGUCAUGAGAGGAUCGGGAAGCUCAUAGCUAGAUGGUCAGCGGAGGUGGUGGUCAGAGGUGGUGAUCUGGUCACCAUGUCCAAGGGCAGGCAGGCAGGCAGCUCGAUGUCAUCAGGGCGUCUCUGCCGUCUGUCUGCAGCUUCUUUGUAAUGGGACACUGUGAUUAAUUUUGUGAUCCCCACAGAGUACAGCCCACUCCUUACUUCAGAAGUAUCAUCCUCAGCAGUGGUGGAAUAAGUACCCAAUUGUCAUACUUUAGUCAAAGUAAAGAUACCUUAAUAGAAAAUGACUCAAGUAAAAGUGAAAGUCACCCAGUAAAAUACUACUUGAGUAAAAGUAUAGAAGUAUUUGGUUUUAAAUAUACUUAAGUAUCAAAAGUAAAAGUAUAAAUCAUCUCAAAUUGCUUAUUUUAAGCAAACCAGAUGGCACAAUUUAAUUUUACGGAUAGCCAGGGGCACACUCCAAAACUCACACAUAAUUUACAAACGAAGCAUUUGUGUUUAGUGAGUCUGCCAAAUCAGAGUCAGUAGGGAUGACCAGGGAUGUUCUCUUGAUAAGUGUGUGAAUUUGACAAUUUACCUGUCCUGCUAAGCAUUCAAAAUGGAACAAGUACUUUUGGGUGUCAGGGAAAAUGUAUGGAGUAAAAAGUACUUUAUUUUCUUUAGGAAUGUAGUGAAGUAAAAGUUGUCAUAAAUAUUAAAGUAAAGUAGAGAUACACCCCAAAAUAUAUAAGUAGUACUUUAAGUUAUUUUCUACUUUAAAGUCUUUUUACUUAAGUACUUUACACCACUGAUCCUGAGCAAUGAAAAAGCUGGUCCACUGCCAACUAUGCAUGCAUAGCCUCCUCUUGGUCACCAUUGGUGAAAAACAACCCAACGUCAGUAGGUGCAAUUCAAAUGAAAACACACCUAUUAGCUAGCUUGUUGACAACACUGAUUUUCAUCAAGUUACGGGCAGGAAUCCAAUUCUUGAUAUCAAGACUUAAUCUGCACUCAUUUCACUAUUGAAAAAGGUUUUAAAAAAUGUACAUACAUUAAAAAAUAUAUAUAUGUACAGAAUUCUUUGAUAUAUUUUGUAUUUUACCCCCAAUUUUUGAUCUUGUCUCAUUGCUGAAACUCCCCAACGGGCUUAGGAGAGGCGAAGGUGGAGUCAUGUGUCCUCUGAAACAUGACCCGCCUAACCUCACUCCUUAACACCCACCAGCCAGCCGCACCAAUGUGUCGGAGGAAACACUGUUCAACUGGUGACUGGGCUCAGCCUGCAGGCACCUGGCCCGCCACAAGGAGUCGCUAGAGUGCAAUGAGCCAAGUAAAGCCCUACCGGCCAAAUCCUCCCCUAACCCAGACGACGCUGGGCCAAAUGUGCACCGUCCUAUGGGACUCCCGGCCACGGCCAGUUGUGGCACAGCCCGGGAAUGAACCCGGGUCUGUAGUAACGCCUCUAACACUGCGAUGCAGUGCCUUAGACCGCUGCGCCACUCGGGAGGCCAUAUGUACAGAAUUUACACAAGCUCUCUGACUAGGCUGCCACUAGGUGCCAUGGCAACUAUAUAACUGAAGAUUUUUUAAAUACAAAUUAAUUACAAAUUCAAAGCUGAAAUGUCUUGAGUCAAUAAGUAUUCAACCCCUUUGUUAUGGCAAGCCUAAAUAAGUUCAGGAGUACAAAUGUGCUUAACAAUUCACUCUGUGUGCAAUAAUCGUUUUUACCAUGUUUUUUUUUUGACUACCUCAUCUCUGUACCACACACAAUUAUCUGUAAGACCCCUUAGUUGAGCGGUGAAUUUCAAACACAGAUUCAACCAUAAAGACCAGGGACGUUUUCCAAUGCCUCGCAAAGAAGGGCACCUAUUGGUAGAUGGGUAAAACAAAGAAAAGCAGACAUUUAAUAUCCCUUUCAGCAUGGUGAAGAUAUUAAUUACACUUUGGAUGGUGUAUCAAUACACCCAGUCACUACAAAGACACAGGCGUCCUUCUUAACUCAGUUGCCGGAGAGGAAGGAAACCGCUCAGGGAUUUCACCAUGAGGCCAAUGGUGACUUUGAAACAAUUACAGAGUUUAAUGGCUGUGAUAGGAAAUAACUGACGAUGGAUCAACAACAUUAUAGUUACUCCACAAUACUAAACCCAUUGACAGAGUGAAAAGAAGGAAGCCUGUACAGUAUAAACAUAUUCCAAAACAUGCAUCCUGUUUGCAACAAGGCACUAAAGGAAAACUGCAAAGAAAUUGGCAAAGAAAUUUACUUUGUCUCCUGAAUACAAAGCGUUAUGUUUGGGGCAAAUCCAACACAACACAUCACUGAGUACCACUAUUCAUAUUUUCAACCAUGGUGUUGGCUGCAUUAUGUUAUGGGUAUGCUUGUCAUCGGCAAGGACUAGGGAUUUUUUUAUAAUAAUAAUAAAUGGAAUAGAGCUAAGCACAGGCAAAAUCCAAGAGGAAAACCUGGUCCAGUCUGCUUUCCAACAGACACUGGGAGACAAGUUCACCUUUCAGCAGGACAAUAACCUAAAACACAAGGCCCAAUAUACACUGGAGUUACUUACUAAGACGACAAUGAAUGUUCCUGAGUGGCCUAGUUACAGUUUUGACUUAAUAUCGGCUUGAAAAUCUAUGGCAAGAUUUUCACUUUGUCAUUAGGGGUUAUUGUGUGUAGAUGGGUGAGAUAUUUAUAUUUUAUUUAAUCCAUUUUGAAUUCAGGCUGUAACACAACAAAAUGUGGAAUAAGUCAAGUGGUAUGAAAACUUUCUGAAGCCACUGUAUGUCCUUAUGCAGAGGUAUGUCCUUAUGCCUGCCCAGUUUAUCCCCGGAUAAAUAAAAGCAGCAUUUGGUGAAAGUGGGAUGCACCCGUGCCUCUCAUACUCCUGCUGAAUAUGACAUGGUAGUGUGAGAAAUUGUUAGACGCUAAACUGAUGCUAGGGACAUACCACAUGAGGUCAACUUGCCCUUGAGUGAUUGCUUUGAGAAUAGCCUCUGUCUAAAGCGUGUGUGUGUGUGUUCAGUUCUUCGAGGGCAAGGAGUUGCGUCUGAAGCAGGAGUAUUUUGUGGUGGCCGCCACACUGCAGGACAUCAUCCGCCGUUUCAAGUCCUCCAAGUUUGGCUGCAGAGACCCCGUCAGAACCUCCUUCGAGACCUUCCCAGAGAAGGUACUGUAUUUUACUAUAUCCAAUGUGAGCAGUCAAUGGGUUUUUCAAAGACCCAACACUAUAGCUGUUCCUUAAAUUUUCUCAUAGAGAAAAACCUUUAAUAUUACACAUUUUAUAAUUAGUGCAACCAUUAAACCAUGGCCAUGACUGACACACUCUCUCUCCUCUCUCCACCCACUGGUAGGUGGCUAUCCAGCUGAAUGACACCCACCCUGCCUUGGCCAUCCCUGAGCUGAUGAGGAUCCUAGUGGAUGUGGAAAAGUUGGAUUGGGACAAGGUAACAUAUUCUCCCAGGCUGGGCCCUCACUAUGACAAUAACACACUGUACUUUGUAAAUAAUAGGACUGCUUGGGUGUGGGACUGGGUCCCAUGUGAACUCUGGUUGAACUGGAAACCAGAGCUGUUAUUGGGCUGCAUUGUUUGAGGAGGGUGGCUCUCCUCUGCCAAGUCGUCGUGAAGUGGUAACUGAUCCAGCAUCUUGAGCUUGGGUGGAGCCUGGGUAUUGGGCAAAUAAAAUCAAAGUGUAUUGGUUGUGUACACAGAUUUGCAGAUGUUAUCGCAGGUACAUAAAAAUGCUUAUGUUUUUAGCACCAGCAGUGCAGUAAUAUCUUGCAAUACAAUAACAAUACACACAUAAUCCAUCCCCAGAAAUUACUAAAAGAAAUUAAGAAAUAUCAGAGCGAGCAAUGGUAGAGUCCGGAACUAGAUGGUUGUACCUAAUAAACUCUCCACGGAGUGUGUAUAAUAUAUAUAUAUAUAUAUAUAUAUAUAUAUAUAUAUAUAUAUAUGUGUGUGUGUGUGUGUGUGUGUGUAUAUAUAUAUAUAUAUAUAUAUAUAUAUAUAUUGUGUAUAUGUAUACGGUGCAUUCAGAAAUUAUUCUCUCUUUUUUGCAAUACAUGAUUCCAUAUAUGUUACUUCAUAGUUUUGAUGUCUUCACUAUUAUUCUACAAUGUAGAAAAUAGUAAAAAUAAAUAAAAACCCUUUAAUGAGUAGGUGUGUCCAAACUUUUGACUGGUACUGUAUGUAAACAUUAUUAAAGUGACAAGCGUUCAAUGACAUAGGGAAGCAGUCUCUAAGGUUCAGGGCAGGGUACUUGGCGGAGGCCGGCUAGGGAUGACUGUUUAAUAGUCAGAUGGCCUGGAGAUCGAAGCUGUUUUUCAGUCUUUCGGUCCCAGCUUUAAUGCACCUGUACUGUCUCCGCCUUCUAGAUGGUAUACGGGGUGAACAGGCCAUGGCUCGCGUGUCUGAUCUUCUUGGCCUUCCUGUGACACUGGGUGCUGUAGAUGUCCUGGAGGGCAGGCAUUGUGUCCUUGGUGAUGCGUUGGGCUGACAGCACCACCCUCUCUGGUUGCGGCAGUGCAGUUGCCGUAUCAGGCUGACAGAAUGCUCUCGAAUAUGCAUCUGUAGAAGUUGGUGAGGGUCUUACUGGCCAUGCCGAAUUUCUUCAGCCACCUGAGGUUGAAGAGGUGGAGUUGCGCCUUCUUCACCACGCUGUUGUGUGGAGGGACCAUUUCAGGUCCACAGUGAUGUGCACGCUGAGAAACUUGAAACUUUUGACCCUCUCCACUGCGGCCCCGUCAAUGUGGAUGGGGGCAUGCUCUCUCUGCUGUCUCCUGUAGUCCACGAUCAACGUUGAGGGAGAGGUUAUCUUCCUGGCACCACUCCGCCAGGGCUCUCACCUCCUCCCUGUAGGCCAGUGGUCACCAACCAGCUGAUCAUGAUCGACUGGUCGAUCUUCAAGGCAUUCAUAGUCGAUCACCAAACAUUUCUGUAAAAAACCAACGAAUAAAGGCUUGCACUCCUUUUUUUAUAUUGUUCGUGUUGCGCUGUUGGCAGUAGGUGCACUUGAUUCAGAAGCCCUUUGCAUCGGGUAAGCAAAGUGUUCCUAUUUUGAACAUUUCAUUUGUCUGAAAAGAUCAACUCCGCCUGCCCGGCAGACCGGGAGAUCUGUGGCUAAAUCAAGUUGCCUACUGUGCUGGCCAAUCGGAUAGCUCAAAUCACAGUUCCUACAGCUUCCACGUUUGAUAGUAGCCUAUGUGAGAUUUCAUAACUUUUAAGACCAUGACCAGAGAGAGACUGUCAAUGAAUACAGCAAGAGGUGGUGUGCAGAUCAAUUUGCGGUGCGUCUCGAGUUUCGCCAUCAGGUGGAAGACUGUGUCCCCUGUCUCUGGUCAGUCUCACCGGAGGAAAGGAAGGAGAGAGCAGGGACCGAGAGAGGCGGCCCUCUGCUGCUUUCUCCCUCCCUCCACUGAGAAUAAUGCUGUGUUCAAAACAAUUGGGAACUCGGAACUCGGAAAUCUCUGACUUCAGUGCGUUCAAGACAACUGGCAACCCGGGGAAAAAACGAGAUCCGACUGGGAAGAAUCGUUUCGAAUGGUCAUCCAACUCGGAAUUCCAAGUCGAGCUCUGACUUUCCAACCUGAAGAUCACUGACAUCAUGAUUUUUUCCCCCUAGUUCCCAGUUGUCUUGAAGGCACCAUGACCAUCAGAUGCAGGUACCAUAAGUCCAGUUAAAAUAAAAAAAACGAAUUAUUUGCAAAUUAUUUCAAUUUAUGGUCAGCUGUGUCCCUCGCAAGUGCUACACCAUUCUGAUCUAUUUUGUUAUAAAAGCUAAUGUUUUGAAAUAUAAUAUGGCCUGAGAAGAACAAUAUUGUCUGCCAGGCAUAUAGCCAAUAUGCUGUGAUAAUGUAGGCUAUUAGGCCUACUGCACAAACCUCAUUCCUACAGAACUGUUUUUAUUAGGUUAAUGUAAACAUUUUUAAGUCAUGCAAAAAAAAAAAUCUGAGCGGUAGAUCUCAGCUUGCUUUUUUGACAGCGAAAGUGAUCUUGACUCAGAAAAGGUUGGUGACCACUGCUGUAGGCUUUGUUGGUAAUCAGGCCUAGCACUGUUGUGUCAUCAACAAACUUGAUGAUUGAGUUGGAGACGUGCGUAGCCACACAGUCAUGGGUGAACAGGGAGUACAGGAGGGGGAUGAGCACGAACCCCUGUGGGGCCCCAGUGUUGAGGAUCAGUGUGGCGGAGGUGUUGUUGCCUACCUUAACCACCUAGGGUCGGCCUGUCAGGAAGUCUAGGACCCAGUUGCACAGGGAAGGGUUCAGACCCAGGGCCCUGAGCUUAGUGAUGAGCUUGAAGGGCACUAUGGUGUUGAAGGCUGAGCUGUAGUCGAUGAACAGCAUUCUCACAUAGGUAUUCAGUGUGAUGGCGAUUGCGUCGUCCGUGGAUCUGUUGGGGCGGUAGGCAAAUUGUAGUGGGUCUAGGGUAGGGUGAUAUGAUCCUUAACUAGCCUCUCAAAGCACUUCAUGAUGACCGAAGUGAGUGCUACAUGGCGAUCGUCAUUUAGUUUAGUUACCUUCACUUUCUUGGGUACAGGAACAAUGGUGGACAUCUUGAAGCAAGUGAGGAUAACAGACUAGGAUAGGGAGAGAUUGAAUAUGUCCGUGAUACACUCCAGCCAGCUGGUCUGCAUGCUCUGAGGAUGCGGCUUGGGAUGCUGUCUGGGCUGGCAGCCUUACAUUUACAUUUUAGUCAUUAAGCAGGCGCUCUUAUCCAGAGCGACUUACAGGAGCAAUUAUGGUCAAGUGCCUUGCUCAAGGGCACAUCAACAGAUUUUUCACGUAGUUGGCUCGGGGAUUUCGAAUCAGCGACCUUUCGAUUACUGGCCCAACGCUACCUGCUGCCUUGCGAGAGGUUAACACACUUGAAUGUCUUACGUCAACCAUGGAGAUCGGGAGUCCUCGUGAGGACUGUGUACAGUAGGAACAACAUCCUCUAUGCACUUCCUGAUGAACCUAGUCACAGUCAGUGUAUACGUCGAUACUAUUCCCAGAGGCGACCCGGAACAUUUUCCAGUCCGCGUGAUCAGUCUUGAAGCAUAGAUUCCGAUUGGUCAGACCAAUGUUGAACAGUCUGUACCACGGGUGCUUCCUGUUCAAAUUUCUCCCUAUAGCCGGGGAGGAGCAGGAUGGAGGCGUGAUCUGAUUUGCUUUAUUAAAGUCCCCAGCUACAAUAAGUGCGGCCUCAGGAUAUGCGGUUUCCAGUUUGCACAAAGUCUAGUGUAGUUUGUUGAGAGCCGCUGCGGUGUCAGCUUGGGGGAGAAUAUACACGGCAGUGACAAUAACCAAAGAAAAUUAUCUCGGGAGGUAAUGCGGUCGGCAUUUGAUGGUGAGGUAUUCCAGAUCGGGAGAACAAAAGGACUUGAGUUCCUGUUCGUUGCCACAAUCACACCAGGAGUUGUUGAUCAUGACUUGAGCUCUGCUACCCAACCCGAGCCCGACGGCCCACAACAUUAUACAUUGGGUUAGGGCCGGGUAGCGUCUGUUUUUUUCAGCAAUAACUAGGGUAUGGGCAGGGCUUGGGUAUCACUCAAUUGAUCACUAGCAUUUUGAAGCUGAGCCAUUUGGCAGAAGUGCUUAAACCUCAUCAAAUAUAAAACAGGAAAGAUUAUUUAACAGAAAAUAAUGUUACUUGAGUUUUGUCUGAGUUUAGAGUGACGAAAAGUAGCUAACAGCUAACUUCUCUCUGUCUCAUCAUUGAGCAUAUCGUCCCAAGUGGAGCCAUUGCUAUGGAUACUCAGAGACCCAGAGCUGCCAUGAGCAGAGUGCAUGCAGAGCGAGUGACAGAAAAAGAGGAGCAGCUAAUAGAUUUACUAAUGGAGGAAUUUUUUAUUUCGGGUUUCAGGCAGGGCCUUAAAUUUGUCAGAAGCAAUCGGGCCUGGGUAGGGUAGGGCAUGAACGUCGCGGGCAUGGGUAGGGCUCUGGCUUAAAAUGAAUGCCCGUGCAGGGCUCUAAUCAUGAGACAUACCCCUCCACCUUUGUUUUUUUCGGAGAGUUCUUUCAUCCUGUCAGCGCAAUGAAUGGAGAACCCCACUGGCUGUAUGGAUGGAGACAAUAUAUCCGGAGAGAGACAUGAUUCUGUAAAAUCGAGUAAGUUACAGUCCCUUAUGUCUCUCUGAAAGGAGAUCCUCGUCCUGAGCUCGUCUACUUUAUCGUCCAGGGACUGAACGAUAGCGCGUAAUAUCCUCGGAAGCGGUGGAUAGUUUGCCCGCCGCCUGAGCCUGACUAGAACCCCACCUCUCAUCCCUCUCUUCCGGCAUCAACGUUGUUGUAGCAUUCAGGAUGAAUGGGGCUGCCUCUGGAAGUCCAAACAAAGGAUCCAGGUCAGGGAAGUCGAAUUUCUGGUGAGUGACCACCGAACUAAUGCCCAAAAGUUAUUUUCGGCUAUAGGAAAUAAUACUAGAAACGUUCUGAGACAAUAAGGUAAUAAAUAGCACUGAAAAAAGCAAAAUAUGGCAAAGUUUUCUAGGAGCUAGAAAAAAGGUGACCGUGUCUGUCAGCGCAAUCAAUGCUUCCCUCCUCAAGGAAAAAUUCCUUCUACUUGAUGAAAUAAUACAGUUGGCUAGGAAUCAUAUUGAUUGAUAUACAUUUACUAUAUUCUACAGUACAUCCAUUUCCCAUUGAACCUGUACAUGUACAGUAUUACACUUGUUAUUUAUCCUAUCAAAUCAACACAAUAAAAUGGUUUAUCUUAAAUGUGAUUAUUAGCUGUGAUUCUGAUGCACUUCUAUUGCAUAAAGACUUUGAUGACCGGUGAUGCCUGUGCCUCACCUCUCCUCACUCCGUGUUCCCGCAUGUUCCAGGCGUGGGAGUUGACGUGUCAGACCUGUGCCUACACCAACCACACUGUCCUGCCUGAGGCCCUGGAGCGCUGGCCCGUCAACCUGUUCGAAAAACUACUGCCUCGCCACCUGCAGAUCAUCUAUGAGAUCAACCACCUCCACCUUCAAGUAAGCCCUCUGUGUUCACUCACAGUCUGUGGAAAAGGCGGCUGAAUUCUGAUGCUCUGAAAUGAGACAUAUUAUCAUUCAUCUCGACUUUGUACAUGUUUUUGAUACUGGGUGCUCAAACUAGCUUAUCCAGUAUGUAUUGAGUGUUUGGAUCUUUUUCUAUGCUCUCAAGGAUUUCCCCCACUUUUUGAGUGCUGUCUUGUUCCUUUCCACAGAUCUGAGAUCAGUGUCACUUUACCUUACUAGUAAUAUCCACUACACACUAUGCAAGUUGGGACUGUAUGAAUGUCUACUUUGUGAAUGUAGACUUAUGAAUUGAUUAUCUGUGCCCUCUCAGAGGAUCGCUGCCAUGUUUCCAGGGGACAAUGACCGUCUGAGGAGGAUGUCCCUAAUUGAGGAGGGGGACUCCAAGAGGAUCAACAUGGCCCACCUCUGUGUGGUGGGCUCCCACGCUGUCAACGGGGUUGCUCGGAUCCACUCUGAAAUCAUCAAGAAUACUGUGUGAGUGUUGCACCUGAAUAUACCUUUGAUUAUUAAAUAUGUCAAACCAAAAUAAGUGGUGAUAGUGGCUGCUUUGCAUAAAACAGUUUACAGACAAACCUGUAGAAAGUUUUGUUAGCUUUCCAGCUAUGUUGACAUUCCUGUUGCAUUUAACAACAGCUACUGACUGUGCAACACUGAACUUGUUGUAUGCCUCUCCGUCCUCAGUUUCAAGGACUUCUAUGAGGUGGAGCCGGAGAAGUUCCAGAACAAGACCAAUGGGAUCACUCCUCGGCGCUGGCUGCUUCUGUGUAACCCAGGCCUGGCAAACAUCAUCGCUGAGGUAACAGUGUUUUUAGAGCGUUUCUCUGCUUAUGGUGCUGCUGGGGAAUAAAUAUCAUUGUGGGUUAAUACUCCUGCACACCCAAUUAACUCAUGUCUACCCUUUAUUGUUUUGACCCUUUGGUCAGUAUGUCCUUUUUCAAGAUCACGAAAUUCUCUGCACAAUCGGUGUCAACAUACUCUAAUUCCAUUACAUGACUAUUUAUGCGGCUAAGACGUUUCAUGCUUUUUGUUUACAUUGUAGAAAAUUGGAGACGAUUUCUUGACGGACCUCUUCCAGCUGAGGAAACUACUGGACUUCAUUGAUGAUGAUUAUUUUAUUCGGGACAUCGCCAAUGUGAAACAGGUAGCUACUCAUUCAGGUCAACAUUCUUAAAAUCUAUAUUUUUCAAAGUAUAUCUCUACCUUUAAACCCCUCACUGUGUGUUAUUACAGGAGAACAAGCAGAAGUUUGCAGCCUACCUGGAGAAGGAGUACGAAGUGAAUAUCAACCCUGAGUCCAUCUUUGACAUCCAGGUGAAGAGAAUCCAUGAGUACAAGAGACAACUGCUCAACGUCCUCCACAUCAUCACCUUCUACAACCGUAAGAGCUCCUUCAGAUCUGGAGUGAUAUUAGUGCUGACAGAAAUUUCAUACUUCAAACAACUGCACAGUGAAGAAGCACUUUCUGCAACCCUCGGGGCCCAGUGAUUAAAAUUCCUAAUGAUUUAAACUAAUUUAAAUAUUGACAUUUAUUUCAGCCAACUUCUAUUGAGUAAUUCAUUUCACAAAAAUCUAUUUCCAUUAGAACAGAGUGGUGGUAAUGAAAACCCUCUGCUGUUUGGAUAGUAAUCUCUCGUGAUACACUUUCAUUUGGUUCUGGGUUGUUUGGAUAGAAUAAGAAUCAAGUUUUAUUUUCCUACCAGAGGAAAAUCUUGGCACAGCUCACAUAUUCAAUACAUAAAACAUAUAGGAAACACAGCAAGAAAUAUAAAUCUAUAAAUUGUAAUAAAGUAAAAGUAACUAAAAACAAUUUCUCUACAGGUAUUAAAAAGGACCCAUCUAAGCACUUUGUUCCCAGGACUGUUAUAAUUGGAGGAAAGGUAUGUAGCUAGACAUCUAAGGUAUGACACAAACAGUCUACAUGGAAAUGGUAUUCUGAUAAUGAAGAUGUUAUAACUGAUCUGUCGAUUUGUUUGUAUGUGAUACUUUUUAUUCGCUGAAAAUUAGUAAUUCAGACAUCAGAUAUGUUAGAUUUUUUAUCAAUAUCCAACUGUUGGCACUGUCCUCUUUACCCAGGCUGCACCUGGCUACCACAUGGCUAAGAUGAUAAUCAAGCUGAUCACAUCGGUGGGCCAGGUGGUCAACAACGACCUGGUGGUGGGGGACAGGUUAAAGGUCAUCUACCUGGAGAAUUACAGGGUCUCCCUGGCAGAGAAAGGUGAGAAGGGGGUUUGUCCAAAUAGUCACAGACCUCCUUUCCUCAUGUUCUCUCCUUCAAGACCAUCAAUAUGAAAGGACUGGAUGGGUGUGAGCAAUAUGGUUCAACCCUAUCAAGUCCUGUCAGGUAUUAUUGAAGAAAAGGAAGGAUGCAGGGAUUAUUUGGACGCAUCCAAAUCCUGUUUGUAUGGAGCUGUUGGUUAAGAGCUUGGACUGUGGAAAGUUGCUGCAUAAUAUCAAUUACAUUAUGUCAAAAUGUUUUAAUGAUGUCUUUGUCUACAUGUUACUGGGUAGGAUAUACCUUGUUUGUUUUUAAGCCUCUCCCUGCUGUAUGUUCCAGUGAUCCCUGCAGCUGAUUUAUCAGAGCAGAUCUCCACAGCGGGCACAGAGGCCUCUGGCACUGGCAACAUGAAGUUCAUGCUGAACGGAGCACUCACCAUCGGCACCAUGGACGGAGCCAACGUAGAGAUGGCUGAGGAGGCCGGAGAGGAGAACCUCUUCAUCUUCGGCAUGAGGGUGGAGGAUGUGGAAGCCAUGGACCAAACAGGGUGAGAAAUUGCUGACAGGACUGGUGUGUUAGAAUGAGUGGGACUUGUCAUAGACUUAGAAAUAAGAGACAGUGUUCCACGCAGAGAAAUGGCAAACAUGUGCACUCUUAAAACCAAUGUGUAAUUUUGUAUUUUGGGUGAACUAUUUAUCCAGUAAUGUUUAGCCAUCAUAUGGAUAAUCUUGCAACCUUCAAACAAUAUAUCUGUCCAGGUACAACGCCAGGGAGUACUACGAACGUUUACCAGAGCUGAAGCAGGUUAUUGAUCAGAUCCAGACAGGCCACUUCAGUCCCAAGGAUCCUGAGCUGUUCAAAGAUGUGGUGAACAUGCUGAUGAACCACGACAGGUUAGCAGAAUAGCAGCAGUGUCGUUAACGUAUCAGUGUUAUUAGCAUUGUCAGCUCUUCAGAACGCAAGGAUGAACUGACCCUCCUGCUUCUGUUAGUCCAUAGGGUACUUGAUCAUGUUGUAUUAUUCAUAAAUGGAUGUGAUAUCUCUAAAUUUGAAAACCUAAGCACUAAUUUGUCAUUCUGCCUCACCUUAGGUUCAAAGUGUUUGCUGACUAUGAGGCCUACAUCACUUGCCAAAACAGAGUCAAUGAGCUGUACAAGGUUGGUUAUGUGGAAUGGAUUUCAUACUAUGAAAACAUUUAAGAACAGUUCUCCAAUACUUCUGUCUCUAUUUGAGCUUGUGAUGAAGUCUGGCCCUUUGACAGUGUUUAUUAUGUCCACCAGGGGGUGCUUUCUGAUAUUGUUCUGUCUACCUUCAAACCAACACAAACUGCAAAGCCAUCUAUCUACCAUUAGGAGGUCAGGGCAGUCAGCAUGUCACGUCUACCUGUCAGCAGCCCAGUCCUGGAGUUGGGUUACCGUCUCAUGUCUUUAGUUUGUCUCAUUGAGAGCUGGCGCUCCUGUUGACAUAGGCGCUCAAUGGUUGAUUGGGUUGUCACAAAGUGUGCAACAAUUUCCAGCUUCUAUUACCAGUUCCCUCUGUGGCUGUUGAAUUACUGCAUCUGUUAUAAUGGUGGACACCUACAAUUGUAUGUGUACUCUACGUUAUCAUACUAGACAAAACAAGAUGAAUGCAGUUGUUUGUGGCCUACAUUUUGAUUGUGAGCUUCCCGAUUUGUUUUAUUUUCAGGAUCCUAAAGACUGGACAAGGACGGUGAUCCGCAACAUUGCUGGUUCCGGCAAGUUCUCCAGUGACCGAACUAUCAGUGAGUACGCCCGCGAGAUCUGGGGGGUGGAGCCCUCCGACGUUAAGAUCCCACCCCCGAACGAGCCCCCUGUUGAGUCCCGCGAAUGA